GGGCGGACGCGGCCACCUCCUCGGCGGGGGGAGGCGGGACGGCCCGAGAUAAAUGGCUCAUUUAAAUUGGGAGCUACUAAAAUACUCUCUGGCUGGCAAAUGCAGUGCCUAGCAGCAGUCAUCAAGGACGAACCAAACAUGAGUGGAGGAGGGGAACAGGUCGACAUUCUUCCGGCCAAUUAUGUGGUCAAAGAUCGCUGGAAAGUGUUGAAGAAGAUUGGUGGCGGUGGCUUUGGGGAGAUCUAUGAGGCAAUGGAUCUGCUGACACGUGAAAAUGUGGCCUUGAAGGUGGAAUCAGCCCAGCAGCCCAAGCAAGUUCUCAAGAUGGAAGUGGCUGUCCUGAAAAAGCUGCAAGGGAAGGAUCAUGUUUGCAGAUUUAUUGGCUGUGGAAGAAAUGAAAAAUUUAAUUAUGUGGUCAUGCAGCUUCAGGGACGAAAUCUUGCAGAUCUCAGAAGAAGUCAACCUCGAGGGACUUUCACGCUGAGCACAACGCUGCGAUUAGGCAAACAGAUUCUGGAGUCAAUAGAAGCCAUUCACUCUGUGGGAUUCCUGCAUCGUGACAUCAAGCCUUCCAAUUUUGCCAUGGGCCGCUUACCUUCAACAUACAGGAAGUGCUACAUGUUAGACUUUGGUCUGGCUCGUCAGUAUACCAACACUACUGGUGAAGUCCGGCCACCCCGCAACGUUGCUGGCUUCCGAGGAACGGUCCGCUACGCUUCAGUGAACGCACACAAAAACCGAGAGAUGGGUAGACAUGAUGACCUCUGGUCCCUUUUUUACAUGUUGGUGGAGUUUGCAGUUGGUCAGCUUCCAUGGAGAAAGAUCAAAGAUAAGGAGCAGGUUGGCAUGAUAAAAGAAAAGUAUGAACACAGAAUGCUGCUAAAACAUAUGCCUUCAGAGUUCCACCUUUUUCUGGAUCACAUUGCAAGCCUAGACUACUUCACCAAGCCAGACUAUCAGCUAAUCAUGUCCGUUUUUGAGAACAGCAUGAAGGAAAGAGGCAUCACUGAAAAUGAAGCCUUUGACUGGGAGAAGGCUGGUACAGAUAUCUUGUUGUCCACUAGCACCUCUACUCCACCACAGCAAAACACCAGGCAAACAGCAGCCAUGUUUGGGGUGGUUAAUGUCACUCCGGUACCUGGGGACUUGCUUCGUGAGAACACUGAGGAUGUCCUACAGGGUGAACAUCUGAGUGACCAAGAGAAUGCUCCUCCCAUCCUGUCCAGCCGGCCAGCGGAAGGACUCGGUCAGGCUCCAAACACGGCUUUCAAUGAGGGUGAAGUUUGGGAAGAGACAGAUGUGAAUCGCAACAAACUCAGGAUCAGCAUCAGCAAAACUCAGUGCAUGGUGGAAGAGGAGCAGAGGAAUGGUGUCUGCCCCAGCUCCCCGGUGCGAGUGCCCCCAGAGUCCCCAACUGCACAAGUGCGCUCCCUGCGCUACCGCCGCGUGAACAGCCCCGAGUCUGAGCGCCUCUCCACUGCUGAUGGCAAAGCAGACCUGCACGAGAGAAGAUCUCGAAUGGAUAUACCUGGCUCUCCGUCACGGCUGGUAUGCUCCUCCCAGCCAGCCCAGAUGCUGUCCAUUGACACUGGCCAGGCGGACCGGCAGGCAAGCGGCAGGAUGGAUGUAUCUGCUUCGGUGGAACAUGAAGCCCUCAGCAAUGCUUUCCGCUCAGUGCCACUCGCUGAGGAGGAGGACUUUGAUAGCAAGGAGUGGGUUAUCAUUGAUAAGGAGACAGAGCUGAAGGACUUUCACCCCGGUGCUGAGCCAAGCACCUCUGGAACCACAGAUGAGGAGCCUGAGGAAUUAAGACCUAUCGAAGAGGGUGAGGAGAGAAGGCGCUUGGGAGCAGACGCUGCAGUCAGGCCGAAGACGCAUGAUGGGCGCAGCCGGGGCAUGCAGCCUGUGACUGAGGAGGACAGUUCCCACAGACAUGAAGGACCUUCUCAAACAGUGUCUGACAGUAAACACGAACAGCAGACAGGAAGUCCAGCCCACUCCCCCCUACAUUCAGCACCAGCUAUCCGACAAAGGAGACGAGAAUCUGAACCCACUGGUCCUCAGAGACAGGCGUAUAUGCUGAAGUCAUUUGAAAUGAAUGGUCUGCCCAAGGCGGUGCCUUUAAGUUUGCCUUACCAAGACUUCCGAAGAGAUGUGUCAGACUACUGGGAGAAGCCCAAGGUGUCCCAGCGGAUAAAGAAGGUCGAUUUCUCAAAUGUCGUCUUGACUGCUCCUUGCAAACCUCUGGAACCUUAUCUGGAAAUUAAUGGAAAAGAGGAGGAGGAAGAAGAAGAGGAAGAAGAUGAGGACGAAGACGACGAGGAGGAGGCAGAGGAGGAGGAAGGGGAUGAGAUUGACAUGCAGAGCGGUUCCAGCAGUGACCUGAGUCAGAAGAGCACCGAGCGCAGCCAGGAGUGCGCACCAUCCACGCUCCUGGCUGAUGACCAGAAAGGAUCCAAGGGUCGGGCGUCCACCGCCGACGGGGACCUGGAGCUGGAGGAAGGCUCGAAAACACUAGUGCUUUUUUCACCAGGUGAUCUGAAGAAGUCUCCGAUGACUACAGACUUGGCUCCAGAAGUUGAUCUGGGCACUCUUGCUGCACUGACACCUCAGAGCGAGCGGCCACAGCCUAUGGGUAGCCAGCUGGAUGUAUCCGAGCCAGGGACCUUGUCCUCAGUCCUUAAAUCUGAACCAAAGCCUCCCGUGGCAGUGGCUACAGCUUCCUCCCCCUUUACCAAAGUUGAGCGCACGUUUGUUCACAUUGCUGAAAAGACUCACUUAAACGUCAUGUCUUCCAGCGGCCAGCUGAUGAGGCACGAGGAGUACUGCCCUCCGGGCCAGCUGGACGACGUCAUCAUCGAAGAAGAGCUGGAGGACAACCUGGUGCUGGUGGAGAAUGGGAGCAUACACUCGGGGCUGGAAGGGGCAGAGACGGAGAGCUGCGCGCUUUCGGCUAACCACAUCGAGACCACCUCAGAGGCGGCGGGGGAGCAGCCGGCCCUUCCCAAUGGCGUGGCAAAGCCUCCCGAGGACAAGCCGGAGCCCUCCGACCAAGCGGCGCUCUCGCUGGAUUUGGAAGAGCCUGGCAAGAUGGCCGUGAGGGAGCCUGACCUUGAGAAGUCAGCACCGGCGGCGGAACAGCCGAAGCGAGCAGAACCCCUCGCCGACAUCCCGCGGCAGGGCCCCAGGAGACCUCUGGGCUCCAGGUACAGAAGUCGGAUACCCAUUUUGUUCUCCGAGGAGGACACCGGCUCAGACCUUUCAACUUCACUCUCGGCCAAAGAGAGGCUCUAUAAGAGGGCAAAGCAACCCGACUUGGCUCGCAUGGUGAUGGAGAAGAGGCAAAACCGUCUCCUUCGGCUGGCCUCGGGGGCCUCCUCCUCAGCGUCCUCCAGCGACGACAGGCGGUGGGCCUCAGAAACCCUGUCAGCCACCGGCUCCGAGGAGGACACCCACGACUCCGAUGACUCCAUCCCAAGGAAGGCAGGGAAGGAGAAGGCCACGCUCCGGGAGAAAGAAGAGAGGCCUGUAGGCACAAGGAGCAGGAUUCCUCGUCCCAUCACACCAGUGAAGAUGCCACUAGAGGUGGCCAAGUCCGAGAGCUCUGUGGCGAUGGCAGUGCUGUGUAGCUCCUCGCAGCACGCGGCCGUGGCCUACAGGCUCCAGGUACAUAGAUCAGCUGGAAGUGUCCUGAGCGAGUGCCGAACAACGCCAACACAAAGCCGGCUUCCUCCUCCAAGCUCCGCUUCUCUUCCUUCACGGAGCAGCUCACGGAGGUCCAGCUGUGCAUCCCCUCGGAGCCCUGUCCUUCCCUCGAGAAACCCCAGUGCUUCCCCCAGAAGCCAGCCGCCACCUCGGAGGGAAAGCCCUUCUCCCUGCCGACAGCAUAAGCCAGGGACUGCUCUUCAGCGAGUUCCUCCUUCCCCCCGACCUCAGCCCCCAGCUCAGGCCCUGGGGCCGACAGGAGAUUCCCUGCCCUCUCCUGGUGUGGCCAAAAAACGACAAAGAGGAAAAACCCAGACUCAGAGUCCAGCAACCAAAGGAAAGCAGGUGUCCCUGGAAAGUAAGGCAGCUGCCAGAUAAUGACCUUCUGCCAGCCCAACAGACUGCACUUAGUAUGCACUUGAGAUGCUGCAGCACAGCCUUCCACGCUGGACCCACGAGUGUAUAGCAGUAGCUGUACUUCAAUGCUUCACUCACACUCACCCCACACCGUCGCGAUCAGCUCCCACGGGCCUGAGAGAGCCUCUAAGCCACAGAGCCUGCUCCAAGGGAGACAUCCUGCCCACAGCUCACGCUUGCUAACGCACAGCACCAAGCAGCGACACAGGCAGCCUGCCUAGUGCCUGACUCUCCUCCCUCCCUCCCUCCCUCCUUCCCCAGGCAUUCCCAUCUCUCUGUUAGCAAUACCAGUCGCCAACACCGACCCUAACUUUGGAUGGAAGAGCAGAGGUGAUGUGGGCAAGCCUGCUGGGGAGGAAGGUUCCUGUCCUGCAAGCAGCUCCCUCCUCUCUCCUUGCUGGGAAAACACCAGCCUUGGCCACCACCAUCGAGCCUUGGCUUGCCUCCUGCCACCUGUGUUAGCAAGGGACUGUCACUGGCUUAGCCGAGAGCGAUGGAUGUGUCUCUGUGUGCCGAAGGAAAAGCAGGAGCAGGGUGGAGGGGGCUUCUCUGCAAAUGGGAGAUGGGCAGGUCUUGAUGGAUGCUCCAGGUUGCUCCAGUAGGUCCCACAGAGGCGGCCUUGCUGCUGUUUCAGUUUGUGCCCGUGUGGUGGGUCUUUUGAUGGAAGUAGGAUGCGUUGGCAGCUUGGUGGGAAAUCAGGAGUGCUUGCUGAUUGAUGUAGAAGGGAGCACGCUGCAGCCACUUCUGUCUCAAAUACCAAACUGAUUUGUAGAGAGCCUUUCUCCCAGUAUGAGUGGCUCCCCUCAACGUGAGCGUGGUUGGCACCACAGACCCACCAAACACUGCUCCAUCCUGCAGACGUGCAUAGUCACUGGAUGCCUUUAGCUUGGGUGCCCCUUGCACCUAAUUUCCUUGUGCUUUAUCGUCAGCGCUCUUGGUGUUUGUGAAUUCUCGGCACUGCGGUUGGAAGGUUCCCCGACACGGUGGGGUGGGAAAUUCUUGCACUGUAGUAUACUCCAAAGCUGCUGCUUCACAAGGAGGCGUUUGCUGGCACACCGUGCGCCCCUUGUGCAUUUCCACUCAAGGCUGAGUUGGUGGGUUGAGUUGCAGAGGUUGGGUUUAUGUCUUUUUCGAUGCUCAGCUCUUCCACACGCGUGACAACCAAUGACGUGAAUGUAAAAGCGGGAGCUGUGCUGCUUCAUGUAAUGUUGUCAGAGCGGAAGCUUAGUGCUCAGCUAGAACUAAAUCCACCAGCUUUUUAGCCCCCACACUGACUAGGAAGGUUUGAAAAUGGAAGCCAGGAGGACUGAGCUUGAUGACAUCUUGAAGCGGUCACAAAAUUUUCCCCUCACCUCGCAGGGAGAAAGGGCCCAGACUCCAAUACUUUGGGCUUCGUGUCGUUGUCAUGCCUAAAAGAGGCUUUGUAUGAGGCAGAAAAAAAUAUGGCUGCUCUGUACACCCAUUCCUGCAGCUACAUCUAGCUGCAAAUAUUUACAGUUUUCAGACAACAAAGCUUGGUAGAGGAAUCUGGACAGUAAUAACCUGGGCUCAUUUGAACACAGGCACAAACAGUCACACUGGUGGCCAUGGAGUCCAAAGAAUGCUGAAAUUGUUCACAUUGCCAGAAACUGUUCUGGAAAGGAGUAUAAGAGCUUUGACAGCAUGACCAGGAGAACAGGGUGCUCCUUGGACAUCUGAACAGGGAAAUGGCUUGAAAUAGGUGACAGGAAUUACUUCCUGAUAUGACAGUGUCAGCGUUGCCAGUGCUAAGCAUAUACUUCAUCUGGCUCCAAGUGUUUGCUGUUUUCCAUUGAAGUUGUUCACCCUGCUAGAGUAAGAAGAGCAGCUUCUUGUCUAAAAACGUGUCCUCAUCUUUCCAGGGAAGCAUUGGGAACUCGGAGGCUGGGUUGUGGUUUGGUGGACUGAGCUGAUGUUGCCACCCAAAGCAGUGGUCCCUCCAAGCUCCAGCUGCUUCAUUGCACGGUCUCACCUCCUCCCACUGGAGCAGCUGUUUGGUGAAGUGGCUGGAAAUGCUGAUCCAUCAUGACACCAAGCACACUGGCUUCUUGGUUGGGGUGUCAUCUGGUUCAGUUCAUCAGCCUAGUUCAGCAUUUGGUCACACACCAGAAGUGGGGCAAGGAGAGGACAGAGAGUGUGACCACUUCUGGUGGCACUGUAACCUCAUGUGGGUUUGAGGUGUGUGUCCAACUACAACCCAGGUAUUUGCAAACUAGAAAACAGAGUCAACACAAACACAAAUUACUUCCAGAAAUAUAAACCAUAGGGGCACUCCUGUUAAUUCCUUGGAGGACUAUUCAUUGUAGAGCUCAGAUGGUAAGACUUUGUUGUGGAACUUUUACUAGGUCCUAGAUGCACAUGCCAAAAAUUAUGAUGAAAGAGCUUGGAAUGAAGGCUGCAGGACUAUUAACAGGGUUAGCAAACUUGCCUUACCACGGGAGGUCAGUAAAGCACAAGUCAGUGUAUUUGUUCAAGAGAAAGUUUAAAGAAAAGUUUUCCUUGGCUUGGCUAUACCUGUGUGAGGAGGGAAGCUCCAGGGCAGAGAGAUCUCUCAUCUGGCACAUGACAGCAGGGGAGACAGACUAGCUGAGAAUGGCAGGUGAAGAAAUCAGGCAGGUUGCCAGUUGUUAAAUGACUGCCCAGUGAAAUCUUUUCAUGGGAAUGUGGGGACUUGCUCAUAUUAAAAGGUUUUCUGAGAAACCUAGCUGUCUUCUAAGAGGUCUUCCUACCAUGACCCACCCACGAGUAGUGGGCAGGAUGUUGGUGACACCAAGGUAUCAUUCCUCUUUGUGGUGCAGUAGCUUCCUGGUCCUGCUGGACACAUGCCAAAGCUGUCACACAUUGGAGGGCCACCAGACACAUUUGAGAAAGCCAGCAGAUAAUAACAGCCAUGCCCAAGUGGUGUUUGACAGGACUGGGCUGAGGGCUGGCACCACAGGGAUGUGGGACUGGCAUGGCUCGUCUCUCCUUGUGGCUGUGCUACCUCUGCCCCAGCACAGCCCUGCUUCCCAGCUGUCCUGGCCCAGGCAUGCUCGUAAGCCCCCUUCUUAGCAGCCCACAUGCUACAGGAGGUGACAUCUUGAUCCUCCUUUCAAGUGUCAGCAGAGGGACCUGAGAAAGCCCCUGCCAUGCAGGUGCUGCUCUGGAUCUCCUCCCUGGCUCUGAUUUUCAAGGUUCUGCCCUUCAGUUACUCGAUGGUGAGCGUGACCUCAGGGUACUCCCAUCACUGGGGUGCUGCCCAGCACACCCCGAUUGCAGAAAUUCCCAUUCUUCUUGUAUGUGUCUCUGGCAGGCAGGUGGACCAACAGCGAGACUCUGUGAAAACACAGUAACCGUGAAAACAGCCCUCCAAAAGGCUCGAUGACUCCUCUGGGUCUUCUCUUCUUCCUCCACACCUCAGGGAGGCUGGAAGGGCACCUGCCGUAGUUGGAGCAAACACAGGAGAUCAUGUUUGAAGGCAGGAGAGGAGGAGGCCUGUGAUGUUAGGGAGAAGCUGAGGGAUGCUAGGUUGGACAUGGUAGGCUGACACAUCCCAGGAAGGUGGGAGAGGCAAGACCCUGUUGUUCUCUGCAAUGAAAUAGGGUGUGGAAGUUGUGUCAAGCCCCAAGGACACACAGGCCUGCUCAAACACUGCUGUUGAUGUGUGACUGCACCCUUGCUUCCCUGCAAAGAAGAUUGAAUCAACCAGGAGCAGAGAAAUGACUAGGAAGAGUAAAGAAAACUGUUUGGGGUCGGGGGAGGAGAAGCAGGCUUCCCAGCCCUUUUCCAUGUUUGUGGGAAUUUCUGGGAACAGCGUGACACUGUGUGCUUCCCCAUUUGGUGUGUUUGCUGCAGGGCCUCUCCUGGCCAGCUGCAGAUGGUUGUGCCCAUGAGUGCUUGAGAGGACUGCUGGGACAGGCUGCCACCAUGCCUGCCUGUGUAUGCAUGUCUGUGAGUGGUAGGCACAGACAGGACUUGUUCAGGGGAGCAUUGUGGGGUCCUGUAUGUGCUGGGAGCGUAAGUGUCUUUGGGACUGCCCAAAGUGUCUUUGGGACUGCCUGGUAUGAGAUCCAGCAAAGGCUCUGCUAAGAGCCUUCACUUUGCAGGGGGGUCUGUGAAGGUCCCACCUCUUUCUUAGGUACACACUGGGUGAUAAAAAUGAGUCAAUGAGUGAUGUCUAGACAGGAGAUGCUUGCAGAGAAACAGGGAUACAGGGCAGAUGUGCCAAGUGGCGAAUCUGAAAGACAGUUCUCAGCCCUAAGCCAGUGUGGUGACAGAUCAUAUGAGCAGAAGGACCAAAGGGACCAAUGGCACCAGUCAGACAAAUGCCAUGGAGGGGCUUGGACACGUGGCUGGAGCUGCUUUGCUGGUUUGUCUGUUUGGCAGCACAAACACUUCUGCUUGUCUUGGUGCAAAAGGUGUUUCAGUAGCAGACAUCUCUUGAAUCAGUUGUGCUUGGAAUCUGUCAGAGGCAAGAGAUUUUGCUUGCCCUUUCUAAGUAAAGAAUAUUAUAAUAUAUAUAUUAUUAUAACAAUAUAAUAUAAGUAGUGCCCAUUAUAUAUAGUGGCUAAAGGUUGAAAAGGAUCCUGCUACCUUCAAAGAAGUGCCCUGAUGCUAUGUGGCUUCUGAUGUGUGCAGGACUUGACUGCUGUGUGCAGUGAAUGUGGUUGGAGGAACAGGGUACCACUCUACCAAAGUGCACGUGAGCUGUGAGGCUCCACUCUCCCCAGCAUGAACCAGGGGCAAAACACCCCAGCUUGGAUGGUUGGCAGCCGUCAUGCUUCCCAUCAGAGUUGUAGCAACUGCUGGACUGCCACACAACUCUGUGGGGUAUGGAUUGGGGUCUGGAGGGUCCCUGCUCACGCGGCUGCUCUUGACUAACACAAGUGUGGUUUGUUCUCUAGGGAAACGCUUCAAGCAAGUUGUGUUAGGGCAAGACAGUCUUUGAUGUUUCUCCUUUCUGACACAGAGGCAUUUUUGCAGUGUAGAUCCUCUGUAAGAAGAUGGCUAAGUAGCUAUUGAUGGCUUGACCAGCUCCAGUAGCAGCUCAAUAGUCCCUUAGCACACUUCUUUCUUCUCUGUAUAGUUUGCUGACUCAUGGCAUGAUCCCAGCACUAUUCCCUGUGCACAGACACCGAUGCCCACCCAAGACCUUGCCCCACACAUCAAGUCAGCUACGGUUAAAUUAAUCUUGUGAACACAGUAACGGUCCCAUUGUGGACAUGAUGAGUUUGGUAUCAGCUGAGUUCCAUCUGGCUUAACUGAAAGGUGCCUGUGCUCCAGCAGUGCUAGGCUGGUUCACAAAGCAUGCAGGGACCAGCUGGGAGUUUGCAACCACCUUUGUUUUCAUCUGUUUGCCAGCUGCUGGGACAGCAGCGCACAAGGAGGGGAGCUUGAGCUCCUCUUCAGGCCCUUUCCUCUUGUGUGCCUGUACCACUGAUACUGGCCCAUGGGCUCGCUGCUGGCUCCUGAGUUCCUCUGCAGAACCCUGAAGGGUUGUUUUGCUCUUACCAUACUGAUAGUGAGCACAGUGCCAGCUGACCUUAGGACAGGUUGGCAGCAUCUCCGUGAGCGUUGGGGUUGGUAUCUUUGUGAGGCCAGAGAACAGCCCUGGUUGCAGGCAGUGGUCAGCUGUGAUCCCAAGCACAGCCAGAACCCCAUGAAAUGGCAGUAGAUGUCAUAACUCUCCUGUCCUCUUGUUCCUGAGCUACCUCCUCUAGCAAGUAUUAUCUUCACAGUCACUGUGUACUCCCUGCAGAUCAGUCCUUCUCUAUCUGGGGGACUGAAGCCCUCCUGGAUUUCUGCAAAGCUUGAGGUUGACUAGGCCACCAAUUUAUGCAGCAGGCACUGCACCAUGCAGGCUGCAGGUUAUAAGGAGGAACAUUGUCCCUUUUACUUCUGGAGCUUCAAAUGUCUGGAAGGCAGGUUUCAAGUACACAUUGAUGCCCUCUGUGCUAAAAGGAGCUACCACAGAAAAUCUAGAGGUGGAUUCCUGGUAGGGACCAAGGAGAGAACUCCUCAUGCUCUUAGCUCCGAAAGCAGAGGCGCUGCAGGGGUGGGAUCUCUGCUUUGCGAAGGGUACUGCUGGGCUGGUAUCAGCACAGGGCCUCUGGCUUGCCUGGUAUUGUCUGUGCCCUGAAUGCAAGGAGGUCAGGAGGAGUCAGAGGCUCUCGGACCAUCUGCAGGUGGUGGGACGGGCUCUGCAGGCUGCAGGGUUUAGGUGAGGCAUCCAGGUGUAACCGUGUGUGGAAACCAGUGUCAGCAACACUACCGUGCCAUGGGACCUGGGCUGCUUCUUCUCCGGACAGGAAUUGGAGCUGGAAAUGCAGAUAAUUUUGUAUAUCUCCUUUUAACACGAUAGCAUGUGACUCUACACUCAGACGUUGUAUCUGGCACACUUGACGACGUUUUCUUUCACCUCUGUCACAGUCUGACCAAGUUUUUUGGCCCAGAGACAGGACUUCUGCUCCUUGGUACUGCCUGCCUGGAAAUGCAACUGGGUCCUAUGGCUAAAACUCUCUCUACAUACCUUUUUUUUUAUGUUGUUGUUGUUGUUCUUUUGGGUUUUUGUUUGUUUGUUUGUUUGCAUUCUUUAGGAAAGCAGCUGGAGAAUGUUUACACACUGCAAACAGAAUGUACAACUCCCAGAGACCGAGGAACCACACAGAUCCGGUUCAACUGCAUGGCAAAUUUCUUGCCCAUAAAAAAUCUGGCAUGCAUCACAGAAGCCCUGUCUGUGUACAGAUCCACCUGGCGUUUGUCAUAACUUCAGGUCACGUCCUUAAAAAGGGUAAAAAACAACAAAAAAAAAGGAAAUAAAUAAGUAAAUAAAUAAAUAAAUGAUGAUGAUGCCAUUUCUUGUUCAUCUCAGACACCGUUGUCAUUAGAUUUGUUAUUUUAAAAGGGGAUUCUUGAUCAUGCCAUUAAAAGCCGGUCUACCUUUU